ACAUUAUGGACCCAGAACAUGCCUGUAGUCCACCACAUCAUAUAUUAGGCUUAACGAUACGAUCGCGUACCCGCAUUUAUGUUUCGUAUAUCUUGCCAAACGUGCUCGAGUUGCUUGUUUAUAUUGUACAAAUUGUGGCGGAUUGUGCUGUGAGUUAUCAACAUUUUAAAUCACAUCAAACGGAUUUUGGUUGGGGCACUCUAAGCUUGAUAUUGCUACCGCCUGUCGUGACCUGUGUUUUAGUUUUAAGUUCUAAAGCUCAAUGGAUUAAACCAAAACAAAAUGGUACUCAAGUGAAAUUUGUUUGUAUGCAACUUUUGCAGAUGGUUUUAUUUCCAUUCUUUGUGAUUUAUCGCUCUGCAAAACUUGUAUUUUGGUCUAUAGAAGCCUUAUUUCACGAUGAUGAUGACGAGGCACGUAUGGAGUGUUUAGAAAAGGCUGAAGAAUGCUCAACAUGUGAGCUAUAUCGUUUAGUGCAGGCCUAUGGCCAGUCGGCACCUCAAAUAAUACUCCAGCUUUAUCAUAUGUUAACACAAGAUCUAUUUAGAAACUUUCAAACCACAAAUGUUCAGGCAAUCAGUUUAGUAUUCUCUGCCAUAGAUUUGGCCUCAAUUACCGCCACCUAUCAACGUUUCGAAAGUCAACGACAAGUGGGACGUCAUUAUCCCUGGUCAACGGACGAACAAAAACAAGAAAGUCGUUUAAAACUUCAGAAAAAUAAAUGUUUACAAGAGGAGUGUAUACGCAAGAAACGAGAUUCGGAACGUACGCUUAAUAAAUUUCCUGCAUCGGAAAAAAUUAUGGAAAAUUUUAAGGCCCGAAAUCAAGAUAAUGUUGCAGAUAAUGCUCGUAUAUAUGUUAACAGUCAAAAUAUGGCUGAAAGUCAAGAAAGUUUAGUACAAGUCUCAGAACCUAUUAGUCAUAGCGUACAGGUACAUGGCUAUGAUGAGUUAGACAAUGAUGCGGGUGAUGAGCAAACUGCAUUAUUGGCAACCCAUCUAACAGAUGACGAUAAAAUCAAAACGAAACCACUAUUGAAAGUAAAUUCUCAAGAAACCCUAAACAACAUCGAGGAAUUUGAUCAAGUGCCAAAUACUCCACCACCCUUACCACCAAAAUCUACUAGAUUUGAUGAUACAACUGAUGGUCCACAACUACGAAGCCAAACAUCUACACAAAGUAGCAAUGAGGCCAAUAAAAGACGUUCUAGAGCCUUUUCCCAUUUGGAAACUUUAAAGGACAUGUUACUUAUAAAUGCUCAGCUUUAUAUCAAGGAAAAUGUACCUAGACCACCUAAAAUGCUCAUCAAAAGAGUAGAAGAUUCUAAUAACCCCGGCAAAACGCCACCUCAGUCGCCACAAGAUGUAGUGGACUUUUUCUUGCCACGUCCCACAAAGGUGGUGAAUGGCAUACAACAGGAUGACUUUGCUGCUAAAUCUAUAGCAUUUUUUGGUUGGAUAGCAUUUGUUAUUAUGCGUAUGCUUUCGCUGUCAGCUUUUUGUGUCUUCUUUCCAAAAGCUUUUCUAAUUAUAAUGGGUGUACAUUAUCUUAUCAUGUUGGCUGCCUUGUAUUUGGAAUCACGUUUCCAGGGAAAACUUAACAGAACUAUAUUUUACUUUUUGCUGGCCUAUGUUUAUCUAUAUAUUUUACUUGAAUUUCGGGUAAAAUUCAAACAUAUACGCGUCUGGUUUGUAUGUUAUUUUUUGCUUUCGAUGGCUGAAAAUCUAACCAUGACCAUGAUAUGGUACGCUCGAGAAGAAUUUGAAUCUUGGUGGUUUGGUUUCAUAUUCGAGGGCAUUAUCUAUAGUGGUAUAUUAUUUGUGGCUACUAUAAUUGUUUAUUAUUUUAUAUUAAAACCGAAAGAUGUUAUACUUUUGGUAGAAGACGAGAAUGCGACUGCAACUACGACAAACAAUAAUUAAUAGUUAGAAACGAAUAUUUAUUACCAUGGUAGUAUUAACAAUUA